AAACAGGAGUUCAGUCUAAAGGGCUGGGUUUGUAUACUCUUUUAAUAGGUGCUCAUAUCCACAGUAAUUAGUUUGGAGAACAGUGAGGACGCCACACUGAAAACUGGUGCGCUUGAACAAGUAUGACGUGUUACCUUUAGGAUCUGGGCGAGAAAUUGAGUUAUCUGUGUUUUUUUUUUUUUAAUUACCUGUAGUUUCACUCAUAUGUUUCACUAACAUCCCAGCAUUGAUUCGUGGGCUUUUAUUUUGAAGGAUCUCCCCGGAUGCGCGUCAUGUGGGUCACGUGCUACCUCCUUCGAAAGUACAGUAAAUCUCCGACCGGGAUUCGGUUGAGUUGUCUCUGUUAGUGAUGGCUCUUCAGUUAAAAGACAAAGAAGCUCACCAGCGACUGAACUACCUGUACCAGGCCGCUCACUGCGUUCUAGCGCAAAACCCGGAGAACGUGGAGCUGGCGCGCUUUUACUGCUUUACACAGAAGACCAUCGCUCGACGUUUGGUUCUCAGACAGUGUGAAAGGGUUAAAGAUGGUUAUAUUUCGCUGAUGCAGCUUCAUGCAGCUGCCUGCCUGACAGAGAGAGACCCGUCGGUGAAGAGAACCUUAUGCAAACGCUGCUGCACAUUGCUGGUUCCAGGAGUCACUGGUACAACUAGACAAAAACGAAAGCAGAGAAAGACUGGCUUCACUGUGGUCCGGUGUCUCAGCUGUGGACAGACCAAGAGCUUUCAGAAUAACCCGGAUCACUGUUUAUGGGUGGAGCGUCCAGAGGCGCAGUUGGAGCAGCAGGAGCAGCAGGACCCAAGUACAUCCACUAAAAACCAGCCCAAUGUCGCCAAAACCCACAAACCGUCCAAACAACACUCUGGUCAGUGUUCUGUCACCACGUAGCAGCUGGACGUCACCUUUUCCCAGAGCUCUUUCUGCUGAAGUGGGUUUCAUAUGUUUCAACUGGAACGUUUUGACUGGAUAUUAAGUUUCAGACAUUUAAAAACCACGUUGGAGAUUUUGUUUCUUAAACUUGGUUUUAUUGAAAACCAGAGAUGAGGAUUGAUCCUUUGACCAUUUUUCUCAGUUGGUCUUUUUUUUUUCUCCAUACUUUGUCUGAAAUAAAUGCAUCUUAAGCAUU